UAGAAUCUCUCUCUCGCUUUCGGCCGGAGCCGCCAUCUUCCAGUAAUUCGCCAAGAUGACGAACACAAAGGGAAAGAGGCGAGGUACCCGGUACAUGUUCUCCAGGCCUUUCAGAAAACAUGGAGUUGUUCCUUUGGCCACAUACAUGCGCAUUUACAAGAAAGGUGACAUUGUGGACAUCAAGGGAAUGGGUACUGUUCAAAAAGGAAUGCCCCAUAAAUGUUACCAUGGAAAAACUGGAAGAGUCUACAAUGUUACCCAGCAUGCUGUUGGCAUUGUUGUAAACAAACAAGUGAAAGGCAAGAUUCUUGCCAAGAGAAUAAAUGUGCGUAUUGAACACAUUAAGCACUCUAAGAGCAGAGAUAGCUUCUUGAAACGUGUGAAGGAAAAUGAUCAGAAGAAGAAGGAAGCCAAAGAGAAGGGUACCUGGGUUCAACUAAAGCGUCAGCCUGCUCCACCCAGAGAAGCCCACUUUGUCAGAACCAAUGGAAAGGAGCCUGAGUUGCUGGAACCCAUUCCUUAUGAAUUCAUGGCAUGAUAAAUGUAAGAUAAAUAAAUAAGACCUAAUUGAAAAAAAAAAAAAA